CGACUCGUGACAUCUGUCGCUCUUGCAGCCAGGACACCUCAAACUCAUCUGUGGUGAAGUCGCAAUCCCGCUGUCCAGAUGGGUCUUGGCCAAGUCAGCCAAAGCCUUGAUAAACACAGGGCUGUCGUUCAAACUCUCAACACGCUUGACAGUGUCCUUGUGGCCCGACUCGCCAAUCACCUCCUCAUCGAGCUCGUAGAGAGUCUCGAUGUGAUCGGAGGUGAAGGCAAUGGGAAUCAAGACCAAGUCCUUCUGACCCUUGGCAAUGUACUCUUCAACUGACAUCUGGGUUUGCGGGCCGAGCCAUGGCUGAGGGCCAACCUGAGAUUGCCAGCAUAGUCUGUAAGGGUUGACAUGGCCUAGUCUCUGCAUGACAGCGUGGACUGUCGCACCAACUUCGGCAGGAUAGGGAUCGCCUAGAUGCAUGUUAGCACUGCGGCUGCAUAACCAGACAAGACUGUAACAUACCCCUAUUCACGACCGUCAUAGGCAAGCUGUGCGCAGAAAACAGCAAGACAACCUUAUCCCUCCUCUCGGGAGGAUACUCCUGCAACUUUGCCUCAAUGUUUUGCGCAAAAGCCUCGACCAAUCCAGGGUGGACCGGCCAUCGAUCAAUCACACUCCACUUGAUAGUCCCAUCGCUCCCGUCGUCCAGCGGCCCGGCCUUACCCUCCAGCCUCUGCCUCCACUUCCAGAGCUCGUUCAGACUACUUCCCGUUGUCGAGCAGGAAUACUGUGGGUAUUGUGUAAAAGCAACGGCGCGACCUCCUUUUCCAUUACCAAAACCAUCCGCCAAUAAUUGCCGGUACAUAUGCUCGGUCAGGGGGUUGGCGUAGCGGAAGGCGACGUAGGGCUUAUGAGGGGCAGUCUCAGGUGAGAUCUGGUCGAGUAGCUUGCACAUCUCCGCGCAUUGGAGCUCAGACCAUUUGCGAAUGGGCGAACCGCCACCGAUGGCAGCGUAUUGCUUCUGGAUUUUGGGGGUACGACGCUUCGAGAUGAGGGGACCGAGGUAGUUUUGCAGGCGGCCAAGAGGAAUGAGAUCAGCAUCGGCCUGGCAGACGAAAACACAGUCAGUCAAACCUGUCACUGGCGAGGAAUAGGAAAGCGUUGGUAGGAUUGGCGCACAAAUAAUCUACUGAGGAAAUCGCCAACUUCAUCCGUUGUGGAGGGGCCGCCCAUAUUCAGGAAGACCAUGGCUGUCGGCCCCCGAGAGCUGGUCAUGUUCUGUGUUACUGGGAACGGUGUCGGUGUGGCAAGCCAUCGUGUUUGUUGCGCAGCAGGCUUAAGGAGGACUGAAGAUCGCAGAGGGCGCAAAGCGGCGGCCGGGAGUCGGAAGGCCAUGCCUAGGACGGGGUCCGGCAAUCCGGGUGUGGUUUGUGAUUUUAUAAAAGAAUCACACAGCCGAAAUCCCGGGAUGGUUCGGCGUGGAAAGGUGAUGAUCGAGGGUCAGACACACAGGUGAGGCUUUGAAAUAUGUCACCGGAUGAGUUCUGGAACUGUUUGUGUAAAAAGUUCGGACAGAGUGUCUGGGUGGCGAUGUCGGGGUAAAUUGACAGAUGUUCUGGACACUUUCUUUGUUACUCCGCAUGUUUGCCCCGAAUGGUUCGGAAGCAAUUGCUGUCGGCCGACUUUUGCGAUCUUGGCCUUCUCCAAUGACGUUGGAGAUCGGUCCGUGCAGCAGCUGCCAAUAAGAGCGCUUCAAUUGCUUUGUUCGUGUCAAGGAGGCACGUGAUUUGGCGUUUAGGCAGUCGCGCACCUGCCUGGUUCUAGCGCGUCUCAACCUGGUUGCAUCAUACAUAAUUUCAUUUAGCCCGUUGAGUUGCGAGAGUCAAUUAUCCCUUGAAUUGCGUAAUAUUCAAUUCUCAUCAAUUGGAUGGCGUGUGGAAACACAAUUUCUCAGGAACACUUCAACAACUAGAAGGAGUUUAUUUCCUAUCGCAAUGGCCUGGGGAGAUGAUGAGGAGCGCCGCUAUGGAGGCGAAGAGGAGGAGGAUGAGUUGGAUGAGAAUGACUACAAAACUCAAAAAGAUGCCGUACUGUUCGCCAUUGACGUGAGCGCGUCCAUGUUGCAGCCACCUCCGAGUAGCGACGACAAGAAGUCCGAUAAGGAUUCCGCCGUGGUUGCCGCCCUGAAAUGCGCCCAUCAAUUUAUGCAACAGCGUAUCAUUGCCCAACCAAAAGAUAUGAUGGGUAUCCUGCUGUUUGGAACUGAAAGGUCCAAAUUCCGUGACGAGACUGGUAGUCGGAGUGGCUCUGGCUAUCCUCACUGCUACCUCUUCACUGAGCUCGAUGUCCCAGGAGCGGAGGAUGUCAAGAAAUUGAGAGAUUUGGUAGAGGAGGGAGAGGAUGCCGAUGAGGUGCUCGUUCCAUCCAAGGAACCGGUACUCAUGUCGAAUGUGCUCUUUUGUGCCAACCAGAUUUUCACGACCAAUGCUGCCAACUUCGGCUCGCGAAGACUGUUCAUCAUCACAGACAAUGAGAAUCCACACGGGAACGACAAACAGGCCAAGUCAUCGGCAGCUGUUCGUGCCAAGGAUCUCUAUGACCUUGGUGUGACGAUUGAACUAUUCCCUGUCAGCCGGGCGAAGAAGCCCUUCGACCUCUCAAAAUUCUACGAUGAUAUCGUCUACCGCAGUUCGGUCGAGGAAGGGGACAACCCUGAAGGAGUCAAAACAUCAAGAUCUGGCGAUGGCCUGACUCUUCUCAACUCCUUGAUCUCCAAUAUCAACUCAAAACAAACACCAAAGCGAUCUUAUUUCUCCAGGAUGCCCUUUGAGCUUGCUCCAGGUCUUACGAUCACAGUCAAGGGCUACAUGCCACUCCACCAGCAAAAGCCCGCCCGCACCUGCUAUGUAUGGCUUGGUGGAGAACAAGCCCAACUAGCUCAAUCUGAAACUACCAAGGUUGAUUCCGAGGCGAGAACCGUUGAGAAGAGCGAAAUCAAAAAGGCCUACAAGUAUGGCGGCGAGUACAUUUACUUCACCCCCGAGGAAGCAAAGUCCUUGAAGGAACUCGACACCAAAGUUCUCCGCAUCAUCGGCUUCAAGCCACUGGCCAACAUCCCAAUGUGGGCCUCAGUCAAGAAGUCAACAUUCAUUUUCCCGAGCGAGGACGGUUACGUCGGUUCAACCCGUGUAUUUUCGGCUCUUUGGCAGAAGCUAUUGACUUCCAAGAAGGUCGGGAUCGCAUGGUUCGUUGCUCGAAAGAAUGCCAAUCCUGUCAUGGUGGCUGUCAUUCCGUCGGGAAGCCUCAACGAUGAGGACGAGGAUUCAACCACACCAUAUCUCCCUGCAGGGCUCUGGCUUUAUCCCCUGCCCUUUGCAGACGAUAUCAGAAGCGUUGAAAUCAAGACCUCCACCAAGCCUGCGGAUGAGCUGACAGACAAGAUGAGAGAAAUCAUUCAGAACCUUCAACUGCCCAAGGCCACAUACAACCCUCUUAAAUACCCAAACCCUGCUUUGCAGUGGCACUACAAGAUUCUCCAGGCCAUGGCGCUUGAAGAGGAUGUUCCAGAUGCCCUGGAUGACUUGACUGUGCCAAAAUACAGGCAAAUUGACAAGCGGGUAGGUGCGUAUAUGGCCGAGUGGAAACAAGAGUUGGCGGACAAGGCGAAAGAAUUUAUGCAACUCCGAGCCACUAAACGCGAACUCGAAGAAGACGAUGCGGAAGAAAGACCACGACUGGCUAAGCGGCCAAAGGCCGCAGCAGGCAGUGCUAGUUCUGGUGGUCAAAUGAGCAACGCAGAGCUCAAAGCUGCCUGGGAGAACGACACAUUGAAGAAGCUCACGGUGGCUGUACUCAAGGAUAUCUUGACAAGCAAAGGAAUCAGCACAACUGGAAAGAAGGUUGAUUUGUUGGAGAGACUCGAGCAAUGGAUCGAGGAGCAUGCGUGA